AUGCUUGUCUCGCGGACGAUGCAUAUCUUGGUAGAUCUUCCUGCAUUCUGCGCUCGUCGCAGGAAGAUGGACAAAUCCGCGACCCUAAAAAGAUUCAAACGACACCUUCACAAAGCUGGCCGGGUCCAUUCACUACUUGAGCUUUUUAAGCCGGGCUACGGCCGCUACGGAAGAAUUAUAGCAGCCAUCUGGCCAGAUACUCCGCCUGAGCGGAGGAAGGAGGCCAAGUUCCCUGGAACCUGCCGUUCUAAAAUGCUUGGGAAUCCCAAUCAUAUUGGGAGCCCUAUCAAGAAGAAGAAAGGCAGUAGAGGCGGCCGAAGUGGGGGGAAGGUCGAAGCCACUAGUGUGGCUUUGGCUAAUAACCCCCAAGACUUCAAUCCGAUGGCUCUCGGCUUGAGCGAAGAAAUGGCCAGGUUGAUCCUCGAAGAAAGGAUUGACUACAUGGACUGGAGCAUAUGCAUGGAUAUCUAG